AACCAACCAACCAACCAACCAACCAACCAACCAACCAACCAACCAACCAACCAACCAAAAACGUCUUUAUCCAAGUCCUUGUGUUUGAAACAUCUUGCAUCCAUGACACCAACGUCAACCAACUUGUGUGGCUUUUGUGCCCAUGAUUAAGAUCCUCCCAAGACCCAGCUUUCUGCUCAAGCGGACCCAGUUGGAUUUCCCUCAGUUCUUGUUUGGAUUUAUUUCCACAACUGGUGACCAAGGAUGGGACUCUGCAGCCUAAAAAGGAUGUUCUCAUUGUGGUGGGAUGUCCACCUCAGCUUCAGCAAGGGCUGCUGAUCCACACUUCUGCUGCCCAGAGACCAAGAAGUGGUCAACAUCUCUUUCAAGGUGGGUCUCCGGAGGAGUAGGGAAAGCCAUGCCCUGCCAGCGUCGCCCACAGGCCACCAGUGACACUCCAAGGGAGGACCUCUUCUAUCAAACCUACUACAGUUUGAGCCAACAGUACCCUUUGAUUCUUCUGCUUUUGGUCAUCAUCUUGGGAAUCUGCGUGGCUCUCAUCGUGACAUCUUUUGCCAGUGGAAGGGAUUUCUCCUCCAACGUGGGAUUCUUGGUUACCUUAUUCGUCGCCCUGGUUGUGUUCAGCCUCAUCCUGAUCCUCGUGUGCAUCGAAAGCAUCUUCCAGCGAUGUACCCGGAUCUUCUCUGCUAUCAUUUGGACUUGCCUGAUCACAAUGGGAUACGUCUUUGUCUUCACAGGAGGGGUGGUUAGUGCCUGGGACCAGGUCUCCUUCUUCCUCUUCAUCAUCUUCAUUGUUUACACGAUGUUGCCCGUCGGCAUGGAAGAUGCGGUGGCUGCUGGCAUGGUCUCCUCCCUCUCCCAUAUCAUAGUCCUCACGGUCUACCUCUCCAUGAAGCCCGGCUCACAACUGGACUUGACUGUGCAGCUCCUGGCCAAUCUGGUGAUUUUUAUAUGUGGCAACUUGGUUGGGGCCUACCACAAACAUCUGAUGGAAAUGGCCUUGGGGGAGACUUUCCAUGAAACGUUCAACCUCAUCCAAUCCCGAGUGAAGCUGGAGUCUGAAAAACGGCAUCAGGAGCAUCUGCUCCUCUCCAUCCUUCCAGCCUACAUCGCCUUGGAGAUGAAGGCUGAGAUCAUUGAGAGGCUUCGGGAUGGGGGCCAGGCGCAACAUCGGCACGAGAGUGCCAAUAAUUUCCACAACCUCUAUGUCAAGCGCCACCAGAACGUCAGCAUUCUCUAUGCAGACAUUGUUGGGUUCACUCUCCUGGCCAGUGAAUGCUCCCCCAAAGAACUAGUUCUUAUGCUCAAUGAACUCUUUGGCAAGUUCGAUCAGAUCGCCAAGGAUAACGAGUGCAUGCGGAUAAAGAUUUUGGGUGACUGCUACUACUGUGUCUCCGGAUUGCCCGUCUCUCUGCCCAACCACGCCCGUAACUGUGUCAAGAUGGGGCUUGACAUGUGCCGGGCCAUCAAGAAGUUGCGAGAUGCCACUGGAGUGGAUAUCAACAUGAGAGUGGGGGUCCAUUCUGGAAACGUCCUCUGUGGGGUGAUUGGACUUCAGAAGUGGCAGUAUGAUGUCUGGUCUGAUGACGUGACUUUAGCCAAUCACAUGGAAGCAGGGGGUGUGCCAGGGAGGGUGCAUAUCACGGAGGCCACACUGUCACACCUCGGUGGUGUCUAUGCUGUGGAGGAAGUUUGUUGCUGGCAUCGCGAUCCUUACCUGAAGGAGAACCGAAUCAGAUCUUUCUUGGUCAUCGAUCCCAGGGCUAAAGAGGAAAGCUCCUGUGAUACUCUUUCACCUGUGCCAGGUGAGAGCUACAAAAUGAGAGCGUUGGUCCGGAUGACGCGCUACCUGGAGUCCUGGGGUGCCGCCAAACCUUUUGCUAACCUCCAAAACCUAGACAAUCUUCCUCCAGAGUCAGCAGGAUUUGUCCGGAACAACCACUCGGAGAUUUCUCUGGGGUCUUUGAACCAGCAGAGGACCAUGGAACGGGGCCGUGCCCCUAGGAGCCCAGAUGAAGACCUGGAAGGUGUGGAUGAAAAGUUCUUCCAACUGAUUGAGCAGCUUAAUUCACAGAAACAAUGGAAGAAGUCAGAAGAUCUGAACCGCAUCACCCUGUACUUCAAAGAGCAGUCCCUUGAGAAAGAGUACCGGCUCUCGGCACUGCCGUCUUUCAACUACUACACUGCCUGCACCUUUUUGGUGUUCACCUCCAACUUUGUCAUCCAGAUCCUUGUGGUCAACAAGACGGAAGCUUUAGCCAUAUCCUAUGGAAUUUCCUUCUUCCUUUUCCUCCUUCUCCUCCUCGCCUGUUUUGCAAGCCAUUUAGCAAAAUGUUUUCUGAAAGGCCCAAAGUCACUCUACUGGAUUCCCUCCAUCUCGGCAAGUAUCUGCACUCAACCGUGGCUUCGGGUCUCGUUGGGUAUCGUCACUAUCCUCGUGGUCCUCACCAUGGCUGUGCUGAAUUUGUUCUUUAUGCCAGAGAACUUGUGCUUUUUGAAAGCUCAGAAUCCCACCGCGGUGAGCACGAACAUCACACGAGAGUUUGUUCGCUUGGGCUCUCUCUUUAGUGUGCCAUAUUACAUCUACUGUUGUAUCUUGGGAUUCCUGUCAUGCUCUCUCUUCCUACACAUGAACUUUGAGCUCAAACUCACCAUGUUGACUCUCUGCCUCGCCAUCUACAAUGCCAUGUUCCUUCGGACCCACUCGUGGCUCUCUGACUGCUAUGUCUCCUACCUCUACCCUAACCAGACCGCUCUCAGGCCUGGGGUACUGAAGGAACCCAAGAUGAUGGGAGCCUUCUCAUUCUUUGUCUUCUUCUUCACACUCCUGGCCCUGGCCAGGCAGAAUGAGUAUUACUGCCGCCUGGACUUCUUGUGGAAAAAGAAGUUCAAGAAGGAACGGGAGGAGAUUGAAACCAUGGAAAACCUCAACCGUGUCUUGUUGGAAAACGUGCUGCCAGCUCACGUCGCUCAGACGUUUAUGCGCCAGAACCGGCGCAAUGAGGAUCUCUACCACCAGUCCUGUGACUGUGUCUGCGUUCUGUUUGCAUCCAUCCCAGAUUUCAAAGAGUUUUACUCGGAGUCCAACGUCAACCGUGAGGGGCUUGAGUGCCUUCGACUGCUCAAUGAGAUUAUUGCUGACUUUGAUGAGCUUCUCCUGAAGCCCAAGUUCAGCGGGGUGGAGAAAAUCAAGACCAUCGGCAGCACCUACAUGGCAGCCACCGGUUUAAACAUGGCAGCCAGCCAGGAUAACCAACAGGACGGCGAGCAAAGCUACACCCACCUGGGGACCAUGGUGGAGUUUGCCAUGGCGCUGGUGGCCAAGCUGGACAUUAUCAACAAGCAUUCUUUCAACAGUUUUAAGCUUCGUGCGGGUAUAAACCAUGGCCCGGUUGUAGCUGGGGUGAUCGGAGCCCAAAAACCCCAGUAUGAUAUUUGGGGGAACACAGUGAAUGUGGCCAGUCGGAUGGAGAGCACAGGUGUGCUGAGCAAAAUACAGGUAACUGAGGAAACAGCCAAGGUUCUAGAGACAUUGGGGUAUCCCUGCUCCUUACGUGGGGUCAUCAAGGUGAAGGGCAAAGGGCAACUGCGAACAUACUUUGUCUGUACCGACACAGUCCGAUCUGGGCCCCAAGUGCCAAUUCUGAGCUGACUCCUGUGAAAUGUAACUGUGAUAAGCACUGAACUCUUGAGGGAUAGAAUUUCCUGUGGACCACAGUUGUUCUUCUUCCCACCAUUUGGGGGCAGCAGGAGACUUCCUUGUCACUGACCUCUCUAGGACUUGAUUCCGUGCAAGCCUUUGUGCUCCAUGCUUGGCUCAAGAUGUGUGUCCAAGACAUCAUGGAGUGGAAGUAAGAGGAGCCGUGGAUGUGGAAGACACA